ACCACGAAAGGGAGGGGUGGAUUACACAAAAAUUGAAAGCUAGAAGUUUUGCCAACUUGGUGCAAAGUCCACAUUACAAGCUUCAACUCAGCAAUCUCUGGGGAGACACACAAAGACCUCCCUCAGUCUUCAAGAUCCUGCUGUGCUGAGUGCUCAGAGGGGCAUUUCAUCUCCCAGAAGUUGGGUCCAAGGGUGUCUGUGGAGCUAGGUGUGAAAACAGCUUUUCAGAGCUGGUGAGGACUUCGGCAAAGAGGCCCUGAAGAAAGACUUGACAGCACUGCAGAGUUUCCUCCGGCUCAUCUCGAUUACCGCUCCAGGAUAAGGGGUCCUCCACGAUGUUCCCAUUGCAAGGGGCACGGAUGCUGCAGGUGCUGGAGAAGUCCUUGAUUAAGGGCCUUCCAGCAUCCUUAAAGGUUUAUGGGACUGUCUUUCACAUUAACUAUGGAAAUCCAUUCAAACUAAAAGCCGUGGUGGACAAGUGGCCUGAUUUCAGUACAGUGGUUAUCCGCCCUCAGGAGCAGGAUAUGACAGAUGACCUCGAUCACUAUACCAACACUUACCAAGUAUACACCAAGGACCCCCAAAAUGCUCAGGAAUUCCUUGGUUCUUCAGAAGUCAUCAACUGGAAACAACAUUUCCAAAUUCAAAGUUCACAGUCAAGCCUGAAUGAGGUGAUACAAAAUCUCGCAGCCACUAAAUCUUACCAAGUCAAACACUCAGAAAACAUCCUCUAUAUGGCACUUCCGACAGCUAAGAGACUGGCUCCUUCACUGCUGGCUGGAAAAAAAUUAUCCUCGAGUGGUGGCAAGCCCAAGGCUAUUGACGAAGACAUGUUUAAACUUUCAUCCCUGGAUAUUACGCAAGCUACCUUUUUGAACAAACUUUGGUAUUUCGGUGGCAACGAGAGGAGCCAGAGAUUCAUUGAGCGCUGUAUACGGAGCUUUCCGAGCUUCUGCCUACUAGGACCUGAGGGGACCCCUGUGUCCUGGUCCAUAAUGGACCAGACUGGAGAAACACGGGUAGCAGGCACCUUGCCUGAGUACCGGAGCCAGGGUCUUGUCUCCUACAUUGUCUACAAACAGGGCUUGGAAAUGGAAAAGCUUGGCUUUCCUGUCUACUCUCACGUAGACAAGAGCAACAAAGCCAUGCAGAGGAUGAGCCACACUUUGCAUCAUAUCCCCAUGCCCUGUGACUGGAACCAGUGGCACUGUAUUCCUCUGUGACAUUGGCCCUGACCUCAAGACCGUGUUGGGUGGGCCUGGACAUUCAGCAGUGGUCAAAAACAAAGAAUAAACUGUAACCAGCAAUAAAAGAGUGGGUGCUCUUUUGGCUCCAAAUAAGCGGUAUGAACAGUCAACCCAACUGCCACAUUCCUGUGGUUGUCACUCACGGGCCUCCCUGGGGUUCCUCAGCUUAAAGAAGGCCCAGAUCCCCCUGCCUGAAACCCGUGGAGUUGAGCUCUCCACACUUCUGGGAUCUCAGUGACCUUCCUUCCUCAGCUACGUAAUGCUCAGAUUGCUUCUCCUGGGCCUCUGAGAGGAUGGGUCGGGGACUCCUGCAAACUUGCUGAUGAAGGGGAGGUAACAUUUUCCUGACACAUUUUCUCUUUCCACCAUCUGCCUUCCACUGCUCAGUGAAGGGACUCUCACCACCAGGUCUUUCGAGCAAAGCCACUCCUAUUAAUAUUCGCUGCUUUAUCAGUCUCUCCAACAUAGCACACACAAAUUACAUGGGCUAUUAGGUUAAGUGCAACAUAUGGCACAGGUAGUUACUUCCCUACCCUACCCACCCAUUGUUUAAAUGAUGGCUAAGGCUUAAUUUCCUGGAUAGUGAAGAGACUGGACCAGUUCAGAUCAAGGCUUCCGAAUCUGGGCACAGUGGAUAUUUUAGAGUGUGCAGUUCAUUGUUCUGAGAGUCAACCUGUGUGUUGUAGGAUACUGACACCAUCCCUGGAAUCUACCCUUUACACGCUGGUAGCAUCCUCCAUCCCUGAAAAUAUCUCCACCUUCAUGGGUACACUGUCCAUGCACACUGCUCAGCCCGAGACUCCUCCCAACUCCUUGGCUGGAGCUGCCUUCACGUCGUUCCAGGUCAGUCACAUCUGUCCCCGCUGCCUGUCACUGAAGUCCUUUGAGGAUGGGGGCCUCAGCACAUGAAAAUCUCCAAUUCUGGUUAUGUUUUUCCUAUGCCUUCAUCAACAACAGGAGAGACUGUAUUCCUAUCUUAUAGUGGACACACUAUCCAUUCGAAUUAAGAUCCCCAUACAUACUGUUGUAGGAAUAAGAAAGCCUGACAGCAGAUUUAGCAUUUAAGACUCUGGAUCCAGCAUUUAAACCUACAGCACUGCAGAAAGGGAGGAGGAGAAGGUCAAACACCAACUGGAGGCCAAGGACCCAAAGUCCAGUGUGUUACCAUCACAACACAGGCUGAGUGCAAACUGAGGCUGCUCUUCACCCUACGGGGCUUCCCUGCGGUGAGGGAAGAAGGGGGAGGAGAGGUGGAAGGGAGAAAGGGUCACUGUGACUGACACAGGGAGAGGGGACUCAGGCAAAGAACACAGGCUUAUGAAACCAGCGUGUGGAAAGAGAGCCUGAGAUCUGCACGAGAUGAAAAGAACAGUGCAACUUGGCGGGGAAGAAGACAGCACUCUACAUUCUCAUAAACUGACUUCAGAAAGG